GCCUCAGUGAAGUCCAUUCAAGGUUACUGGCUACCGUAAAGGAAACGAUGGUACGGUAUAUGACUUUAUCCGGUAAUCCCUUACACCAAACCCAUAGAUGGUGCAACGAUGGGUGAUUGGCUCGCAUCGCUCGAGUAUGUGAAUGAGUCUUCCGCCAUGGUAUAUUUCGAGGGCAACCAACCCUUUUCCUCACCGGAUUCAGACUGUUGCUUCCAUUGUGUUUUCCUCAGGCACCUCAGGAUAGCCUCUCUUCAUUAUGUCUUCCGCAAGUACCAAAGACGAGAAGAUCCAGGAGCCUACCCCCGCAGACCUCAACCAAUCCGUCUCUUAUAGCGAGGGUGUCGUCGAAGCCAUCGAUGACUCCGUUGUCCGAGACUUCUAUGGCGCUUCCGUCAGUGAUUCUUACCGGCUCAAGUCCGAGCUUGUAGGCAAGCACCUGGAAGAAAUUGGCAUGGGCAGGUUUCAAUGGUGCCUCUUUCUCGUUGGAGGCUUUGGUUGGACCGCCGACAAUUUCUGGAGCCAGGGCAUCAGUGCUGUGCAGCCAGCCAUGGCGCUCGAGUUCAGUGAUGUGACGAAGCGUAGCUACAGCUCCGUGGCGUUUUACAUCGGACUGAUUCUGGGAGCCUACUUCUGGGGAACCUCUGCCGACUUUAUCGGGCGGAGGCCUGCUUUCAACACCACCAUAAUGAUCGGAGGCAUCUUCGCCUGUGCCGUGGCCGGUGCGCAGAACUUCGUCGCCUUCAGCGCCAUGUGGGCGGUGAUUGGGACCGCCGCUGGUGGCAAUGUCCCGGUCGACUCCAUGAUAUUUCUAGAGUUUGUGCCAGAGAGCCAUCAGUGGCUGCUUACUGCGCUGUCGGCUUGGUGGAAUUUCGGCCAGGUCGUCGUGUCCCUCAUAGGAUGGGUCUUUCUGGCCAACUACUCCUGUCCGUCGACAUCAGACUACACAACUUGUUCCAGAAAGGACAACAUGGGAUGGCGCUAUACCAUGAUUACUCUGGGAGCCCUUGCUAUGGCUUUUGGGUUUAUCCGCCUCUUCGUUUUCAGGAUGCCUGAAAGUCCUCGUUACCUUCUUUCGAAAGGCCGCGACGCAGAGGCUGUAGCAGCAGUCAACCAUAUUGCCAAAUUCAACCGGAAGCAGCCAACACUAACUCUGGCUAUGCUGGAGAAUAUCGAUGCGUCCUUGGGGCGUGUGUCUACAGACGGAGACGUAAAGAGGGGCCUUUCUCGUCGGGAGGUCAUCAAAGAAAACCUACAAGACUACAAAGGUGUCAACUACCAAAGACUCUUCGCAACCAAGAAGUUUGCUCUUCAUACGAGCCUUACGUGGCUGAUAUGGCUUACCAUCGGCAUUGCCUAUCCGCUCUACUUUGGCUUUAUUCCAUCAUAUUUGGAACACAAAUUUAACUCAGUCUCGACUCUACACAAGACUUACCGUAACUACUGCAUUGUCUCCGGUGUAGGCGCUGUCGGUCCUAUAACCGCGGGAUUUUUCGUGGAAACACGGUUUGGACGGCGCUGGAUGAUGGGGAUUUCCGCCGCCUUGACAGGAGUUUUUCUUUUCGCGUACACGAGCGCCACAUCAGAAACCGCUGAUCUGGCUUUCCAAUGCGUCACUGGAAUCCUUGGAAACUUCGAGUACGCUAUCAUGUACGCCUUUACGCCUGAGUCCUUCCCUGGCCCUUCGAGGGGAACAGGGACAGGUACUGCUGCGACACUGCUCCGAUUCGGCGGACUCUGCGCGAGUUUGAUCUCUGCAAAUGUUGGCUUCACCACUGUCCCAAUUUAUGUCAGCGCUGCUCUGUGGAUAUGUGUUGGGAUAGCGUGUUUCGGUUUACCUUUUGAAACACAUGGACAUGCUGCAGUUUGAAUGCUGUCUUUGUAUGAAUCGGUGUUGGCCCUACAUCCAAAGCGUACGCACGCAUGCGUAAAUUGCUAGACGUUAUACAGAAUAUCUUGACUUACAUGUUGUAUUCAGUAGAGUAAGGACGGACUCAUAUGCGGAUGUGAUGAGUGAAAUAUGCCUUUGGAGCGAAGGAGUGGAG